GCAUUCACCUGUUUCCUCAACCUGUUUCUGUCUCCACCGCCCCUCGAGCAGGCAAUACCAAAAACCUGAUAUUUUUAGUUUAUAGUUGGAUUUAAAUCUACUUUUUUGGGUUGAGAACCCUCAGCCAGUGACGGCAGAAGGUAGAAGGUUUUGUGUUCGUUUCGGGAUUUUGGAUGUCUUUUGCUUCGGACUCCGACCUCAGUGCAAGCUAGGCCUCCCUGACACAAGGAAGUGUUGGACCUCCGGUUGCUUUGAACUCCACAACAUCCUCGUUAUUAUAAAUGACGCCUAAUGUGCUCGGGCGGCAACCCUGAAAGGCGAUUAAAUUUCGAUGGUGAUCUGUUGACAGUGGACCCGGGACGCUUAAGAACGUUUUGUGGAUAGUAAACAGGAUAAAGGGACAAGGUGAGCAUCUCUGUGGAGGACAUGGACCUCUCAGUUGAGAACACCUCCAUAGUCCAUCUGACUGCGCCCAUACUCCCGGACAAGGCUGACAUCUCCAACAUGACCAUCCUUCGCACAGGCAACGGCACCAUCGUGGAGGACCAGAUGUUCUUGAACACGAUGCCCGCCCGCGGCCUCUCUGGCAUCUUUGUGUGGUCCGCCUUGCUCAUCACCUGCCACCAGAUCUACACGCACCUGCGCUCCUACACCGUCCCCAACGAGCAGCGCUACAUCAUCCGAAUCCUCCUCAUCGUGCCAAUUUACGCCUUCGACUCCUGGCUCAGCCUGCUCUUCAUCAGCAACAACCAGUACUACGUCUACUUUGACUCCGUGCGAGAUUGCUACGAAGCAUUUGUCAUUUAUAAUUUCCUGAGUCUGUCCUUUGAGUACCUGGGAGGAGAGAGUGCAAUCAUGUCCGAGAUCCGAGGGAAGCCAAUACAGUCAAGCUGCCUGUAUGGUACCUGCUGUCUGGUCGGAAUGAGCUACUCCAUCGGAUUCUUAAGAUUUUGUAAACAGGCAACGCUUCAAUUCUGCAUUGUCAAGCCCAUCAUGGCCGCCAUCACCAUCAUCCUGCAGGCCUAUGGAAAAUACCACGAUGGGGAUUUUAACGUGAACGGAGGAUACCUGUACAUCACCAUCAUCUACAACUUCUCCGUCAGUCUGGCGCUCUACGCCCUCUUCCUCUUCUUCUUUGCCACCAGCGACCUCCUCAGGCCGUACGAGCCCGUGCUCAAAUUCCUCACCAUCAAGUCUGUCAUCUUCUUAUCCUUCUGGCAAGGAAUGGUUCUCGCCAUCCUGGAGCGCUGCGGCGUCAUUCCCAACGCUCUGUACAUCGACGGGCAAGAGGUCGGCGCCGGCACCGUGGCAGCGGGCUGGCAGAACUUCAUAAUCUGCAUAGAGAUGUUCUUUGCUGCCAUUGCCCUCCGAUACGCCUUCACAUGCACGGUCUACCAGGAGAAGAAGAACGAUGUGCCAGAGAACAUGCCGCCAAUGCAGAGCAUCUCCAGCGGUCUGAAGGAGACCAUCAACCCAGGCGACAUGGUCCAGGAUGCCAUCCACAAUUUCUCCCCCGCUUACCAGCAGUACACCCAGCAGUCCACACAGGAGGUGGUCCCGCCCUGUUCCAACGGGAAAGCCGGCCCCUUCGCCAGCAGGUCCCGCAAGCCGGACAAGGUCAUGCUGAUCACGUCUGACGAUGAGUUGUAAGCAGUCAGAUGCAGGUGCGUGUGUCCUCGCCGCCACUUAUCUCCCCAGCGCCUCCCACCUUAGGGAAAACAGAGUGUCUCAAAGGUCACAAAAACUGUUCAGUUUGCAUCCUCUCAGUAUUGACGCAAGGGUCGUAAGGAACAUUUACUGACACUGGUUUUUAACACCACUAUCUCACUAACCCGAGAUUUUUCUGUCUUGGCCUUAAAAAUACCUCCGGUAUCUGACGAGCCAAACAAGCAACAUCCAGGAGGAUGCCAAUGGUUGGGAGCGCCACCUAGUGGACUGCAUCUGCCAUUUUUCACACAUUUGUUCUCAAAACAUGGACAGCUUCCAGGAAGAAGACACGUAUUUUGGAGCAGGUACUUCAAACUGCAGAAUCCUUUAUAUGUAUUUAAUGUCAACAUCAAAUCAGCCCACCUCCUACAAAGUGGGAGUUGUAUUGGUCUUUUUACUGCUUUAAAUAGUCUAAAUAGACAGCUGAUUUUGUACCACCAGCAUUAAUAUUAUGAAUACUAGUAUGCUUGGCAAAGCCUUUUAGUGUCAGGGGUCACUAUUUAUAAUUUUGUUUUCAUUAUGUACAGAAUUGAUUCAUGUAAUUUUAAUAUCAACUGAAAUCAAUACAAUUUUGGUAGUUACCACGUUUGUACACACAUUUACAAUUAUAGUACCCAUUUGUGCCAAUGAUUGCUGUCUUGACAGUAGAGAACAAAAAUAAACUAGCAUGUGGGUCCUUUGGAUUUGAAUUCACCCAAAAAUAAAAA